UGCCAUUUUGAACCCCCUCGCCCAGGGAUCACGGGGAUCCUAAUGAGUGCGGCCGGGCUGCCUGUCUGCCUGACACGGCCCCCCAAGCUGGUGCUGCACCCCCCGCCCGUCAGCAAAAGCGAGAUCCAGUCCAUCCCCGGCAUCCUCCCCCCCCCCUGCCGCAAGACCACCAAGAAACAGGCCAAGAAGGGUAAAACCCCGCAGGAGGUGCUGAAAAAAUACCUGCAGAAGGUGCGGCAUCCGCCAGAUGAGGACUGCACCAUCUGCAUGGAGUGCCUCUCCGCACCCUCCGGCUACAAGGGACCCCAGCCGGCUGUCAAGCCCGACCUGGUGGGGAAGCUGGUGAAAUGUGGACACAUCUUCCACCUCCACUGCCUGGUCGCCAUGUACAACAACGGCAACAAGGAUGGGAGCCUGCAGUGUCCCACCUGCAAAACCAUCUAUGGGGUGAAGACGGGGACACAGCCCCCAGGGAAGAUGGAGUAUCACAUCAUCCCUCACGCGCUGCCUGGCCACUCUGACUGCAAAACUAUCCGCAUCAUCUACAACAUUCCCCCAGGAGUGCAGGGACCAGAGCAUCCAAACCCCGGGAAGAGCUUCACCGCCCGCGGCUUCCCCCGGCACUGCUACCUGCCAGACAGUGAGAAGGGCAGAAAGGUACUGAAGUUGCUGCUGGUAGCCUGGGACCGUCGCUUGAUCUUCGCCAUCGGCACCUCCAGCACCACAGGCGAGUCGGACACAGUGAUCUGGAACGAGAUCCACCACAAGACAGAGUUCGGCUCCAACCUCACCGGCCAUGGCUACCCUGACAUCAACUACCUGGACAACGUCCUGGCCGAGCUUGCGGCCCAGGGCAUCACGGAGGAGAGCCUGGUGCAGGAGAAGGACUGAGACCGUGGCAGAGAGGC